AUGGAUGAAGUGGAUAAAGUGGAUGAAAUAGAUAAAGCAGAUGAGACAGAUAAAGUGGAUGAAGCAGAUGAAGUGGAUAAAGCAGAUAAAGCAAAUGAAGCAGGAGAAGCAGACGAAACAAACGAAGCAAAUAAAAAUGAUCCCGAGAUAGUU